GGCAGACUAUAGCUCACCUCCAAUACAAAGACUUUAAAGGACACACACACACAAGGAGGUUGACUCUGGAGUAUCUCCUACAGUAUCUGCUCAUGUAUGAAGGAACCGGUUUUUCUCCUCUGUAACUUUGGAAAAUGGUGGGACUCUCAUCCACUGCUGUUGAGGCAAUAGAGGUGUUGGUGAGUGAGCUAGGAGUACUGCUGAAGAUGCUGGACCAGGAGAACCUCAGCUCCUCCACCCAGGAGAAGAAGACCUCAGUGUGGAACCUCCUGCAGCAGAUAGAGCCGUCAGUGACAGGAACAGACUACAUCUACAUGAACUCAGCAGUUUACAGAAAUGGCACCAGCUUUGUUGAGUCCCUCUUUGAGAAAUUUGACUGCGAACUUGGAGACCUAAAGGAUGUUACAGACGAUUUGAAAGAAGACAAGAACACCCAAACCGACACUUUAAAACAGCAGAGCUGUGCCGACUCUGCAGCCCUGCACUCAACUGACUCUCCUCCCCCUCUGCCCACAACGCCGCCCCCUGAGGAGUAUUACGAGGAGGCAGUACCACUCAGUCCUGGCAAGAUGCCUGAGUACAUCAUCACCCGAGUCAGGCCCAGCCCUCCCAACUCUAUAGAAGAUGGGUAUGAAGAUGCUGAAAACAACUACCCCACCACCUGCAUAAAUUCACAACGUAAAAACUCCUACAAUGAUUCUGACGCUCUGAGCAGUUCCUACGAGUCGUAUGAGGAGGAGGAGGAAGAGAGGAGCCCCGGCGUGCGACUCACUCAUCAGUGGCCCUCGGACGAGAGCUCCAUGCCUCCUGCCAGAGACUGUCGCAUCUGUGCCUUCCUGCUGCGCAAGAAACGCUUUGGCCAGUGGGCCAAACAGCUCACAGUCAUACGGGAGAACAGACUUCAGUGCUAUAAGAGUUCUAAGGACACAUGCCCCUAUGUGGACUGGCUGCUGCCCCUGUGCACUGUGGUCUAUGCACCCAAAGACAGCAAGAGAAAGCACCAUGAGCUCCGGUUCACUUUACCCAAUGGAGAUUCACUGGUGCUGGCUGUACAAAGCAAGGAGCAGGCCCACAGAUGGCUGAGGGUUGUUAGAGAAGUGAGCGGACAGAGCACAGGGCCUGAGGAAUCUGCGUCUCCCGUCAGUCCAAGAAAAACGGAACUUGACAAGAGGUUAUCAGCAGAGAGGAACACAUCAGAUUCAGACAGCGUGGGUGUGUCAGCUGGAGAUAACUGCAAAGAGAACGGGAAGGUGAAACGGGGGCCUUUCGCCGCAGGCCGUAAAAUCACACGUAUCAUCAGCUUCUCCAAAAAGAAGCCCCCUCGGCCAGGUGACCCCCGGACGUCCUUCAGCGACCCUCGACAAGGCUACCUGUCAGUGCUGGUGAACCAGGUGUGGCGGGAACAGUGGUGUUGUGUGUGCAGAGGCUCCCUGCACUUCUACCACGACAAAGGAGACCCUCGGACCUCCCUGCCAUCUCUUCCUCUCCACAGCUGUGAGGUGGUGCCGGGGCUUGGACCCAAACACCCAUUUGCAUUCCGAAUCCUACGCAACAGCACAGAGGUCGCUGCUCUGGAGGCUAGCAGCUCUGAGGAACUUGGAAGGUGGCUUGGUGUCCUCUUGGCAGAAACGGGCUCUGCAACGGACCCAGAGUCACUGCAUUACGACUAUGUUGAUGUGGAAACCAUUGCUAAUAUCCGGGAUGCUGCCCGGCAUUCCUUCCUGUGGGCCACCUCCUCCAGCAGUACCUCCACAGACUCCAGAACAUAUGAUGAGGUCCCUAAUGAGGACAUGCAGUCAGGGGAGAACCGCAGGCAGCAGCCUGGGAAUCAAGGGAAGCGGCGCUCAAGUUUCUCAAGCAGCGACUCUGACAGAACGAAACCAUUAGUCUCCCUCAGGCGAACAGGCUCAAAUGCCAACCAGUAUGGAAGGUAUGGGAAAACGCGAGCGGAGGAGGAUGCCAAGCGUUACCUGAAAGAAAAAGAGGAGCUGGAGAAGGAGAGGGAUGGGAUACGAAAUGCACUAGUGACCCUCCGACAGGAGAAGAGAGAGCUGAAGGAAGAACUAAAGACGGCCUCUGACAAGAGGAAGUCCUCCCUGAACAAGCGUGUGUCCAAUCUGGAGGAAACCUGCCGAGCUAAGGAGGCAGAGAGGGUGGAACUGGAGCUCCGACUGACUCAGGUCAAAGAAAACCUCAAGAAGAGUCAGGCAGGCGGGGCGCUGGGUGCACCAGUCGAGGGCAAACCACCUGUUAAGGCCUCCAGCAAAAAGAGCCAUAACAUCUACAGUGAGUCUUUACCGGUGAACUGUGCCACAGAAAUGCGUAGGAGACCUCCAUCUGUUUAUGCUUCUUCUACAGGAACUGUCAUGCAGAAAGCAAAGGAAUGGGAGUCAAAGAAAGGAACUUAAAAGUAGCAUCAUUGAAAGGACCGGAGAAAGAACGGAUGGAUAUCAGGAUGUGACUUUUGUGACCUUUAAUCACCCUAAGGAAACAUCCCAAAGCAAAGACUUGUUUCAUUUUGGAUUUCUGAAGAACUAAACUGUAAUGAGAGAAAUCAGCCACUAGGCAGAGGUACAUCUCACUAUCUACUCUUCUGUCUUCUUAAAAGGACUUUUUCAAAUGUGAGGAACUUCAUCUGUAUCCGAGUAUGUGGCAUCUGAAUCUGUCUGUGGUGACACAGAUUGAGGGUGAAUGAAAGAAAGAGACAUGAAAGAGAAGUGUGUUGAAAAAGCACAGGGAGUGCACAGGAUGCGGUGUUGUCAUGGAAAAGCAACGUGAGAUUGUGAUGGCACCAGUGCUGCACCAGGUGAAACGUUAAAUUGUGAAUGAGCCAUGUGGGAGAGGGUAACCUAAGAAAUGUGAUGUGUUUGAAAAUAAGAGGUUGGAAGGCAGUUAAAGCCGUGAUGUGCCUUUUAUAUGACCAAAUGUUUUUUUUUGUUCUGCUUGUACAUAGUGAGCCAUGACUACUGUUGUAUUCUUUAUACUUUUAUACUGUACAAGGUUCCAUCUCUCCUCCUCAUCGUCAUCGUCAUCGUAACACAUACCUGGCAUUGGUCUUCUGCUGAGUGCCAUGGACUGAUGGGGUGAGUGUAUUAUUAUUCUGUGACUACACUCGCACUCACUUUGCUAUUCAGUGAUCACCAGCUGAAUUAAACUGGGCUGGAACGAAGCCCUACAUCUACUUGACACCCUUUGGCACAGUGUCGGAAACUCUUGCUAUAGAAAACUGAGCGACUAACAAAGUGGUGCUAUUAAGUGAUACAAACCAUGUUUUCUGAGUGAGAUCUCCACUAUAUGUCGUUUUAAUAACUCCUCUGUUGAACCUGUGGUUGGCUUUUGCACUUUACUGUUCUCCUACCUGGAUAAGGGAAAAAAUAAAUUUAUGUCUUGUUUCCCAGACAUUUGUUCUUC